UACUAAAAACGUAAACGUGAAGAUUUAAAUGUCUUUUUAAGUAUAAUUAAUUAUACAGUAAGUUGUAAUUGUUGGUCCAGUCAUCGGAAACUAUUACAAUGUCAUCAAAACACAAAUCCUUAACAGCAUCCGGCGACAAUGCCGCGGAUAAAUCCGAAGCAAAGAUGGGUGAUAAGAAACCCCAUGAUAGGGAGCAUAAGGAACUCAAAGACAAAGAUAAUAAAGACAGAUCGAAAGCCAAGCAUAGCAUGAAAGAUGAACCGGAACCUGAACCUGAAGAAGUACCGGUUGCGAAGACACCCUCGCAAAUAGCUAGAGAGGAAGCGGAAGUGCGAGCUCUUUUACGUCGACAGCGGUUCAAGCGUCGAUGGCCUGAAGUCACGAAGGUGAAGAUCAAAACUCAUCCUUGGCAGCCUCCACCGCCGCCGCAGAAACCACCACCCGUUGUUAUCGAAAGACCGGAACUGAUCACUCGUAAGUGGGUUCCGCCGUACGCACGGAAGCGAAGACCGAGAGCCAAGCUCCCGAGGAUCCCUGCUGAGGAGAUCACCAAGCCGCUGUCCGAAGCGUCCAAGCUCAAAAAGAUCUGGCACUCGUUCAGCCAAGUCGAUAAGAACAAGAUGAUACUUCAAGGUCACGUGGGGUGCAACUCGAAGAAGUAUUCCGCUACACACUGCGGUGCCCAAACCGGCUGCAUAGCCGUGGCCUGUCGAGCCAUGCUGGAUGAGAAGACCCCAGCUGACCUGGUGAAGUUCGACGUGGAUGACGUCAUCGACGCCGGCGACAGAUAUUACAAGCAGUGCAUGAUCUGUCUGAAGUGCUAUAAAGGCAACCCACAGCUGCAGCUGAACCAACUGCUAACUUCCUUCUUCUUCCACGACACCAAGUACACGGUGAAGAUGUUGGAGACUGACAAGGGUCUGCUGGCGAAGCACCCUGACAACAUCCAGGAGGAGCCUGAUCUUAUGUCGUUGAUGGAGAAACGCAUAGGCACCCAAUACAUGAUGAUCCUGUCCAUCGCCGGCACUCGUCACUUCCUGAUCUGGGGCCACCCCCCCUCGGCAGAGUCCGCUAGCCAAGCCAAGACCAUCUGCUACAUCUUCGAUCCUCACAUGCUGAACGAUCAGGGGCAGGUCGAUAAGUUGUCUGGAGCAGGCGCCUUCUUGCGUUACGCGGGCAUCACAUCUUUCGUGGUGGACUUUCUGUCCAACUAUGGAGACCUGGAUGCAGCUAAGAAGGGCACCCCGAAGCCACCCAUCACUCUGACAAACAUCGAGGUGGUCCAAAAGGAGCCCCUGAUCCGAGAACCGGAUUACGACUUGGAUUUGAAAGCUCUCAAGGUCCACUGUCGCAGCGAAUGGGACAGCCUCAAUGUGAACGCCCUCAUCGAGAAGAAGAGAAAGAGAGGAAUGUAUCCUCUGGGUUCACUCAGUGCAGUGAGUCUAGCGACGUCCAGAGGCACAAUGCGGAGAAAAGUCCGAGAUUUCUACCAAAAGUCGCCCAAAGAACCUCCACCAGUGCUACCGGUGCAACCUGACAAGGCGCCGCUGAACCCCACCAACGAACAGAUCAUGACUCUCAGGGGAGAAGACUUCUUCCUCUACUGCCCAAGACUUGAUGGACACACUUACGGAAGGGACGACAUGAUCCCGCUACCCAAAUCGGAGACAGUACUCCACAGCCCGGUGGAGAUAGCUGACCAGAACUACCACUCCCAAUACCAGCAGCUUGAUGUCGAGAAGUGGAUCCUCAGGGGCACCAGGCAUAUGGCCAGUUAUAGAUACCAGAUCUUCAAGACGUACACGGGUAUCCCCUGCUGUGUGGCCGCUCUCGGUAUGCUGAGGAGGUUCAGGGCUCGCGCCUGGAACGAAGACACCUUCGACGAGACCCUCGAUGUGGGGUACAAUCUCUAUCGGGAAUCUCUGGUCGAUCGGGGAGGACCUAUCCGUCGGUUGGUACUCGGAGAGCUGAAGGACACUUUCAGGAUAAGAGACAGGGAAUACAAGCAUAAGGAGCGCGGUAUCGCCGUAUGGGGUAAGCUGAUCUCAAGUAACCCCAAGGUUUUCGAUCUCUGCCGAGGAAUCGAGACCUUCUUCAAGGAAUCUGACUCUGGGAUACUUCAGAUUCCCGGAGAAUACGAGGUCGCUAUUUGGAACGAAGGCGGCAGGUACUACGUGUACCACCCCUGGCCAGCAGAUAGAUACGGAACUAGGGUGGGUCUUCAAGACGGCGGCAAGGGCUGUGUGAUGUACUUCACUCGGGUCUCUCGCCUCUGUGAGUACUUCAUGGACAACGUCGCCGAUAUGAAGCGGAAACCGUUCAGCAUCAGCGACGUGACCGUCACGGAACAGGCCGCUGAGAUGCCCGAGCCUGUUAAUAAGAUGAAGCCCGUUGCCCCCGGCCGCUGGGUGGUCCGCGGCAGCUUCCACGAGGCGGACUCGCGCUUCCCGGAGGAGCACCGCGGGCGCCAGGCCACGCCCGUCGCCAUCACCGCGCUCGCCAUGACGCAGGUGGUCGACCCCAACGAUUGGACCAGCGAUGAUAUCGACGAGACGCUGGUCCGAGGCGACAUCCUGUACCAGAACACGAUGGAACACCUCGAGAAGAUGGGCAUCAGCCUCGACGCCCACACGCCCAAGAUCCUGGAGGAGGGCGAUCAGGAGGAGGAGGAUGAGCCCUCAGCAGGAACCCUGGCUGCUGCUGAUGUGCUCAACAGGUUUAAAGUGUCCGAAUAUGAUUGCAUCGAAACUGACGUUAUGGAUAGCACAUAUACUGGCACAUUGAAUCCGGACACUAGCGGCGGCGCUCCGACCCUCAAGGAAGUCCUCCGCCAGUUCUUCAAGGAGCACACGCAUGGAGUCUUCACGGCGCGGGGAGGAUCCACAGCCAUAUGGAAACAUGACAACCACUUCUACAUGUUCGACCCCCAUGGUUGUGAUGAGAAUGGUCUGCCAUCGGACGAGCCCCGCUCGGCAGCCUGCCUCGUGAGGGUCAAGGGCAAGGUCGAGGAGCUCGCGAACGUGCUGCUGUCGAACCUGUCGGCCGGCAGUGAUGACAGCUUCAACCUCUCGCCCGUCGCCAUCACCGCUACCAAGCUGAACGCUGAGAUUGGUGCGCCCGAGACGAAGCUCGAGAGCAAAGCCUUCGAAUGGAUAAACAAGGGCACGGCCGCCAUCAUGAUGGGUCCGCGCGGAGAGAAUGCCGCCAUCGGCAAGGCCGCUGAUAAAGCUGGCAUUAAAAAUCGUCGCGCACCCGAUGAACAAAAGGAAGGCCAAACUAAGCCCAAAUAUCGUGGGCCAAUGAACGCCACCGCGAACUUCAUGUCACUCGCACAAGUCCAACGUUCAGUCAACCAAAGUUCGGAGGCUGAUGAUAUGGCGGGACGAGUCAUAGGACUGCCGGCUGCAGCUGCGUUCGCGGCCGCUACCGAGGCCGUUCCACCCCCUCACAUGCAUCAAGAUCAUAUGUUUAACUUCCUAGAGGCUGGUGCUGAAUAUUACCUCAACCACUUGAAGAAAACUGGUCGCAAGGACAUCACUCCUGAAGAUCUGACUGAGAAGUUUGAAAUGGGUGUGAAUACGUUCUCCAUAGAACUGGGAGAAGCCAUCAAGUUACCCCUUAGACUGCCAGAUGAACCUGCCGGGGAAGGCGAAGAAGGAGGCGGAGGUAAAGAAGGGUUAGGAGAAAUGGAAGAAGAAGAAAAAGAAGAAUUGAAACAAAUGAAGGACCUCCUGUUCAAAAUGUGGUACGAUCAGACCAAGCCCACAACCAUCUCGCUGCUGCUCGGUGACUACCAUCAGCUCGGCGUGUGGAUGCAGGCGGGAGGCAAGGUCGUGGCCUUUGACCCCGCACCGACCUUGGCCAAAGGUCUGCUGACCUCGCAGAGGAUCAAGAAAGGUGACGAGCUUCGCCUCCAGCGUCUGAAGGACGAGAUGACUGGUGAGGGAGCUGGUGAGCCUGGCGAGGAGGACGACGAGGAGGCCGGCGGAGAGGGUGAAGAGAAACCCGAACCGGAGCCAGAGAACGUGCCCCCGGAGUCGUGUCCCGUGCUCAUCGUGGCCGCCAGCCCCGGGGAGUUCAUCGAUAAACUCACCCGUCAAGGCGGCUUGGACCCCAAGCAAGCGAUCGCCCCCUACAAGCUGUACCCCGUCAAGGUCAUUAACGAGCUGACCUCUGUCCUCAAGGACAAGAAGGGGGGAACCGCCAAGGAGAGGGCCGAGGGUGAUGAGACUGAGGUCCCGCUUGGAGUUGGUGUGGAAGAGGAGCUGGUCCCAGCUCUGGACGACGCGGCCGUGGGCAAGUACUUCACGCGCGUCAACCGCACCACAGCCUCCGUCAGGGCGAGGCUCGCGCAGAACGAGAACUACUUCCUCGAUCAGCCGAAUAGAGAUAACCAGGACGCAGCUAACGCGGUGAUGGGUAUAGUAGUCGAACACAUAGAGCCCUAUACGUUCUGGAAGCCGGAGCUGUUGGACGCGAUACUGAAGUACGGGGACCGACUGUACACGAUGUCCAUCGGCAACGCGUCGGCCCCGCCGCUGCUGAAGCCGGUGGAAAUGGUGCCAGAGUUUCAUGUCACUAACUUUAAUAUUAAGUUGGAGAUCGACGGUGACGUGCAAGGCGGUGACAUCAAAGCAUCAGAGUCCAGUAGCGUCAACAGUCUCAAGAAAGCUAUUAAUGCUUUCUUUAAUAACAACAAAUACGGCGUCCUCUGCGCCAAGGGCUACUGCGUGGGCAUCUGGAAGGGCGCCGACGACAAGUCCUUCGUGAUGUUCGAGCCGCACGCGGUGGGCCCCGCCGGCAGGACCUCCCCCGUGGGGGCCGCCGCCGCUGUGCUGUUCUCCACUGUGGACGACCUCGCCAACUGCUUCCGGUCGAACGUCGAGGGCUUGAUGCGGCCCGGGAAUAACCGGUUCUCAAUAUCAGCCGUGAAGGUGUUCUGGGAGUUCUCGAAGACGCAGGGUCCGGUCAGUCCUCAGGGCGCGGUGCCGGACGAGGGCUACGAGUGGAAGGUGCUCACCGCCUUCGUGGAGACUGCGCGCGGGAGGACCAUCCUCAGGGGGACCAGGCCGCCUGACCUGCUCAAGUUCACUCGCGACGCUCUCUUACAAUCGGCCUGCGCGGCCAUAGUGUCCGCUGCGAUGUCCCACGUCCGCCGGCCACACUUGUGGACUCGUAAGACUGUAGACGAAGUCAUGGCCGUGGCCUGCCAGCUGUUCGCCGCCUCGCUGGGGUCACUGGGAUACGAGUUCCGACCCGGGGAAGACGUGUUGUUGCCGUUGCAGGUGUUGAAACGUUUCGUCCUGGGUGUCAACUACGUGCGCUACGAGCUGCAGGAGGUGUUCACCGGCAAGCUCGAGCAGAAGGAACCCUCAGAGAUGACUGUCAGAUGCGCCUUGGAGCGAUUCUUCGAGUCGCAUACCCACGGUGUACUCUGGUCUGUCCCUCACGCGGUGGGAGUGUGGCGCGUGGCGGGCGCUCCGCCCUACUACAUGAUGGAGCCCCACGCCUGCGGGCCCACGGGACUCAGGGUCGAUGCUCAGGACGAUGGCGCUGCCUGUGUCCUCACCUUCACGUCACCCAAGUUGAUGGCAUAUGCGUACCUCCAGAACAUCCCGAUCUCCGAGCGACCGAAGCACGACUUCCAGUUGUACGCGAUGUCUAUAACGGUGCAGCCGAUCAAGCGCCUCGGCGGGGUGCAGCCGCCCCUCGUCAGGGCGCCGCCCAAUGUCAGGCUCAUACCGGCGACCAGUAAGGUGAACGUGGACGGCAGCAAGCGCCGCGCUAGUGAAAAAGACCGCAAGCAUCCACCCGGCAGUGCCACCUGCCUGGACGCGCAGCGAGCCGCCGAGAAGGCUGACAAGGAGCAGACCAAGCUCAAAGGUCAGCGCAACACGAGCGGCUGGCUGGUCCUCAACGAUGGCACUCAGUUCAUGUCGGCGCAGCACUCCAUCGCGUGUCGCAAGUUCCCCUACGCUUCCAGAGGCCAUCAGGCUCUAGCCUGUUCAGUGAUGGCGGUGGCGAUGUCCCGAGUGGACGACGUCUGCCGCUGGUGCUCCUCGACCCUCGACCAGAUCCUGGAGAGCGGAGACCAGCUCUACCAGGACAGCUACCUGCACUUCCACCCGCCCUCCAAGAUACUUGUCAUGGAACAGAUUCUCCGCAAGUUCUACACUCCUGGUAACUGCGUCUGUCGCGUCGUCGUCUACAAAUCCAGGCAUAACGGCAAGCUGGACUUUGAUCUAGUUGAACAAAUCGGCGAAUUCUUCCGUGAGGAAAAAGCUGGCGUAUUCGUCGCUGGCAAUGGAGAGUUUGCCGUCGCUCUGUUCAGGACUCCCAGAGGCUACUACAUGUUCGACCCGGCGGACCGCGACCGCUACGGGCGCGCCGUGGCCCCGCCAUGCAUCGGACACGCGCGCGCUUGCUUCUCACAGUAUCCCAACGUGCAACGCCUGGCUGAGAAGCUCGGACCCAACAUACCACCGGUGAUGCAAACUGAAGGAGACAUAGACAUCAACCAUGAGGAAAGAAUCGAAAGAAGAUUGAGCAAAGGCGUUUUGAAACCAAACGAGAGUGUGGAACGCAUCAAAUUCCAAGAACCGAAUAGUUUCUGGAUAUACGGCAUGGACGUCACCAGUUUGCGAAGACUGAACCAGCAUGAACGAUAACAUUGUUUGGGAGACGUCACAUCAGGGAAAACUACACUAAUACGUCAAAUUGGACUUAAAUGACGUCAUUUUCGCGUCAUAGUCCAAUUAGCCCUGACUAUAAAUUGUAUUGUGUUUUAUAAACGUCUCUGAACUAGCUCUCGUACUACGCAUGAUACGCAAACUGGGGGACUGUCCAUACGCCGUUCUGAAGCAAGCCGUCCGAAUGAAACGCCAAUUUGAAACAAGCCGUCGCUGAAUACGCCGAAUGGAGUCAAGGCAACUAAUACGCCGAUUUGAAUUUUCGUAUUGAACGAUACGUCGUUAUGAACGUUCGAAUAAUACGCCGAUUUGAAUUGUUUGAGAAUACGCGAUCUUGUGAAUUUUAUUGCUUUGCUGAUUGUUGUAAUAAUUGUUAUUUUUUUGAGUUGUUGCUAAGUUGGAGUGUUUCCUCUAGUUUGUAAGAGAUAGCGUGUGUUAGUAUAUGAGUGUGAGAGAGACAACAAAUGAAAUUGUAAGUGUCUCAGUUCUGGUUCCACCACAAUGUUGGGACAUUUUGUAACGCACAUUUUUUUAUUAAAUGAUUAUUUUAAAUCAA